AUGGAUGUUGAGCGGCUUAUGAAAGAUCUUACAGUGGAUCAUCUCCAUCAAAUUCAACAAAAUCUGCAGACGGAGAUGGAGGGUAAGAAGGAAGAGCUCCGCGAGAUGGUUGGUAGAAGAUAUCGAGACGUACUUGAAGCCUCUAGUACGAACUGUGCGAGGAACUUGCAGAAGCACUCGCUGAGGCUGUCGCUCAUGCAAGAACAACUCAAAGUAUUGCCUCUGUCGCGUGAGCAACAAGUAUCCAUACAACGUUUCAUUGCAUUGCACAAACUCUUGGCUGUGAUAGGUGAACCAGAUGGAGAUGCACUGAGCGAUGCGUUUGCUCUCACUUUAGCUGAAAUUCUUCACAAGCAACUAGCGACUGAGCAUUUAUCCACUGCGGUAAGAUGA